CGACAAGCCUGGGUCGAGUGGAGUUGAUCCAAUAUGGCGUCCGAAGGGAAAGGAACAAAGAUAGAACAAGAUGUUGUUAUGGAAGAUCUGACCACUCCAAAGGACAAGGAGUCGCAGAAAAUGUUCUCUCUAAAAAAGUGGAAUGCCAUAGCGAUGUGGUCGUGGGAUGUUGAAUGUGAUACAUGCGCUAUUUGUCGUGUGCAAGUCAUGGAUGCUUGCCUAAGGUGUCAGUCAGACAACAAGCAAGAGGAAUGUGUUGUUGUAUGGGGAGAAUGUAACCACUCAUUCCAUAACUGCUGUAUGUCCCUAUGGGUCGUCCAGAACAACAGAUGUCCCCUCUGCCAGCAAGAAUGGGUGGUGCAGAGAAUUGGAAGAUAGCAAUGGAUUCUCAAUGAUUACAGCAAGAGGAAACUUUUCUCAUUAAGAACACUGGGCUUUCACUGUUGUCAGUGAAAGCCCAGAUGGCACAGACUUUACCAACCUACAAUAUUUGAAAAUAUUCAGAAAAAAUUUACAGAGCAACAAUUUUCUAUUUCUCAGGCAAAAAUUGGUGUCCCAAUGAUUCUCUGGAAGGGACGAGUUCUAAUCUGAGUAUUUACCUGAUUAUUUUCUAGCAGUGAUCCAACUAAUAAGAAUUUAAAAAAUAGAAAAGUAUUAAGUUGGAUAGUUUAGUAUGUAACAUUUAAAGUUGAGGUUUCUGUCUCUAUUAGAUCUAACUACUUUAAACUAUUAUACCAUCUGAUGUUUGCACAUUUGUUUCACAAUUUGUUGCACAAUGUAUGAUAAUUUUGUGAUUACCUAGGUAUGAUAGUGACUGAAACAUCUACCAAUCUUGUUCCUGUCAAGCAAUAAGCCUAAAACACUGUUGAUCAAUAAUUCUUCUUCUAGCAAAAACAAUUUUUACUAGCUAAUCAAAUUUUUCUAUGAACUUGCAUGAAGGCUGUAGCUAGAAAACUUAAGGAGGCCAGUUUUCAGAUUCUUGCUUCAGAGGCAGAUAUUUUUUCAUGUCUUUUUUAAAAUUCCUAAAAGCCCCCCUACCCUGCCUCCAUGCUCGCUACGGCCCUGUGUGUCGAAUUUUUGGUUGGAAUGUCAGUGUGUUAUUUAUUACUAUAUUGUUCUGUAUAAUAUAUGUAAAGGUCUGAAAGCA